GUCGUCACGUCCGGAUGUUUUUUUUUUCAUCGUCUCUCAAAACCAUCGCGUUUUGAAGCAGCAGGCGGUAGCGCUGAAGACGAUGGGAAGCAGCUUUCUGAGCGCAGACAGAGCUCGCAGUCCUCCCGUGAAAGUGUUAUCCAGCCAGCUGCGUGAGGCCCGAGAGUGUCCGACUGCAAGCGGGAGAGCGGAGUGUGUUAUCAGGCGCCUGGGCCCGGGUGAAGAGCGCUGCCUAGCGGUGUCUGUGGUCUGGAUGCAGGGCACUGUACUGGAGGUUCAGUCUGACCGCAACACCGUGCUCAUUCUGGACGAGACCGGCAACUUUGCCGUCAGCGGCAUUAACAGCGUGCCCAAAGGAAAGCCCUGCCUGAGUCCCGGUAAAUAUGUCAUGGUUAUGGGCGUCAUCCAGUCACACGGUCCAGAGCCGGUGCUGCGUGCUGUGAAGGUUGCAGAUCUCUCUGAAAAUGCUGCGAUUCACAGGAAAAACUGGAUCUUUGAAGUGGAAGACCUCCAGCAGAUUUUGCCCUAAAUCUUUGUUUGCUUCACGAGACUUUCGUUUCGGUGCAACCCUUAUAAUAUCUGCCAAUCAAAAAGUGAAAAUUGCGAACUGAAAUUGUAAUACAUAUACACAACAUGGCUUUUAAAUGCAAAAGCAUGAACAUGUUUAUUUAUUUCUAUUUUUUUCUAAAUCACUUUGAUUACGGAAAGAAGAACCGAGAAUAACUGCACUGUAUAUAUGCAUACCUCAAAUGUUACAAAGAUUCCUUCACAGUUGUUAUAUUAAAUACUAUUGUUAAAAAACAAACGAUUAAAGUUCAGUUGUUAGUUAAA